ACUUGUGAGUAUAAACCCUUCAGAGCCAUUAUACGCUGAUUCCUCCCUCAAAUGUAAUCGUCCCUUGAAGCAAUCGGCAACUUCACUUCGUAUAGUACCUCCGAUACAAACCUGACCGGCAAAUCAUCAUCCCCCCGGUUUCUCUCCAUUACGGUUUCUCUUUAUAUCCCGAGAAAAUAAACGAAAAGAAACAAAAACGAAUCAAGUUUGAUAACCCCUACCAAAAAGCCUCUGCGAUUCUCCAGAUUCAUGGAUGCUCUGAGAGCUUCGUACGCCAAUAGUUGCUCCGACUCCGAAUCCGAUUCCGACACGCCGCGGCCAACAAACGAGAACCAUCAAGCGUCGGGGCCUCUGCCUCCGCCGCCUCUUGCACUCCUCAGCCCACCUAAUUCUCUCGGGGAAUUAAAUUACUCACAAACUGCUCAGUCAGGUAGAGUAAGGAGCUUUCCUCAUGUUGAAGGAAACUAUGCUUUACAUGUGUUCAUACCAGUUUAUAUACCAUCUUCACCAAAGAAGGAGCUGGUCCAGUAUUUGAAGAAGGUCAUGUCUCUAGUGCCUGGUCUUCAUGUUGUUGACGUGGAUAUACCACUUAACAUUCUAUGCAAAGAUGAUAACAAGCUUGAACAAGUUGCAUUAGGAAGGGAGUUUCAUAUAAGUUUAGGAAGAACUGUUCCAAUCCGAGUUCACCAGAUUGACUCGAUAGUGACAAUGCUCCGCCAGAAGCUUCAAUUUCAGAGGCGGUAUUGGAUUGACUUUAAUAAGUGGGAGGUUUUUGUCAAUGAUGAUCAGACACGCUCCUUUCUUUCAGUAGAAGUUAUUGCUGGAGGCUUAGCUGAGAUAACACGGCAAAUUCAAGCUGUCAAUGAGGUUUAUAGGCUUCACAAUCUUCCUGAAUUUUAUGAGGAUCCACGCCCUCAUAUAUCCUUGGUUUGGGCAUUGGGGAACAUUAGUGAUUCACUGAAGAGAGCAGUCGAAGAGAUGAGGAGACACAUUAAUGUUGGGGGUUCAGUACAGAAACGUAUUUUCACUUGCAAAUUCAAUGGCAUUGAGUGUAAGAUAGGUAAUAAGACCUAUAAAAUAUGUAAAUUUUCUGAAGAUUAAUCAAACCUCUGAAGUAUGUAAAUUUUCUAGAAGAGCGGUGUGUUAUCUUGUUUUUGUAAUGAACUAAUUUGGUCAGUAUGAUCAGUCAAAUACAUGUUGAGUUAUUGCCUAUGUGAUGGAUCAUAGAUGGAAAAUUCAAAAUGAAGGCUCAAUAUUUUUUGUUA